UUCAUAAUGAGUAGCAAUCCAGGGCUUCUCGCUCCUAGCAGCACGGCACUGAACCAGACCCCGUCUCUCUCGAUAGAUAGAAGGUCUUCCUCGCAAAGCCCAUACGACCGUCCGUAUGAUCCCCAUGACUCCCCGAAUACGGAUUACGACGCGGGUGAUAUUUCGACGCACCACAUGGACGAGCCCCACCAUACGCAAAUGUCGUCACCAAUAUAUAAAAGCGAAUAUGCCUACCAGCCUGCCGGAACACCAACCGAUAGCGAUUCAAGAUCUCUGCUUACAGCUAAGCCAUACGACCACCGCAUUUCGCGAUUAGCACUCAUUAGAGUUGGGACGUACAGGCUGGGGGUGACUCUGGCAUUCAGUUUUCUGAUUGGAAUCUCGCUCAAAGCAUACACAGGUUUUGAAGAACCUUACGUCAUGAAUAGAGUUCAAGUGCGCAUCUUCAACGCUCUCAUGUUGGGCCUGUCCCUAGGCCUUGGUUUGAACCUCGCUAGCUCCUUAAAGCGCUACGCAACGAUUCUUCGAUGGUCCUUACUUACACGGCGAUACGUUUCUCUAGAAGUCUUUGAUCUCAUCCUCAAUCUAGAGGCCUUGACAAACGUGGGCAAGCUUAUGGUAAUCUCUUUGCCUGGCAUAGGACCCCAAGGACGACUCAAGUUUUUGCGCAAAUUCCCUUGGUUCCGCGAUGGGCGCGAUGAUGGUACACAUUUCACUUGGAUCGUCUGUAUGCUGUGGCUUUUGGUCAAUGUGGGAGCUCAGAUCCUUGUUGCAUCUCUGUCUCUCUUCUGGCCUGUUGAACCCUCCAACACACUGCCGCUGAUGACCUACGGAAAUGUUACUGUGGCCAACUUGACUUCGUGGACGGAUGAAGUAGCAGGAGAUGGUUGGUGGCCCAACACCACUGCAUUGGAUGCUGCUUGGACAAGAGGCAUGGAAGGAUCCAUAUAUCCGGUUCGCGGGCUUGAUCAGCAGGAUGGCGAUCUGGCCGGCUCUCCAGGGACACCGCUCUACAGAGGAGAUGGAUUUCACCAAUACAAUUUCUACAACCGAGACCCGGAACGACAAUAUCAGAACUAUGUACAGUCAUCGCGAAGUGUUCAGGCGCGGGCGUCUUGCAAGCAACUUGAGAGCGGCUUGUACCUCAUUGACGAUGAUGAUAUAGAAUAUCUUCAAGUCAAGGAAGAAGGCGCCCGGGGAUGGUCGAAGUUCGAUUUGCCCAUCAGGCAGAAUGGAUCUAUAACAUAUAGUGCUUCUACAUAUUCGUAUUGCGGACCUAGGUGCACGAAUUUUACGGUCUAUCAAGAUAUAGACAGUAAUGAGAUUAUAAGAUCAGCUUUAUUUUUUUGCAAUACGACGUUAUCCGAGAUCAAAGGAGACUCUGCGGAGUUUAUCAACCUUUCACCGCAAGACAAAAAGAUUUUGUACGGCACAGACGACUUUGCCAGGAUAGCCACUGGUGCAAUUGGAUGGACAGGCUCCACCUCGAAUGGCUGGGACGAUCGGCAGUCACAAGUAUACAUGAUAGGCACCACGUUCAGUCCAAACAAGAUGGUCGACGCGAAAACAAUCGAAGAUCUACUGGCACGUUUCACUAUCAGUGCAAUCGCCGCCUUCGACGACCACGGUGUCCGUUACAACCUCACUCAACAGUACUCGAGACCUGUGCAGGGUUCCGUGCUAGAGGUCGACUGGGCUUGGGUUCUUGGUUUGCUGGGUGGCAUCUGUCUCCUGCAACUGGCCGCCUUGAUCUGUCUCCUCUCGUUUGGUAACAAGUCCAUCAUCCGCGAUGAUUCUGCCUUCUCGCUUGCCAUGCUUCUUUCUCCAGUUGUAAGCAGGAUAGGCAAGGAAGGGAUGAACAUGAAUGGUGACGAAAUCAAAAAUCACCCCAAAUUGAUGUGGAAGAAGAUCAAAUACGACUACACCGAAGGAGGGACGGGCGAGCCGAACAAGGUAGAUGUCGUGUUUUUGGGAAGAGGCGAUUGGGAGACCCGACGCAGCUGGAAACCUGGCCUUUACGCAUGA